CAACAGCGAUGCAACGCAUAUGUUACACACGGAGGCUUUCUGUCAAGGAUGCAGUCGAGCAGACAACUUAUAGUUAGCGUCGUCAACGUAUCGUGCACGACAGUCGCUGUAAUUGUUUUGUCGCUGUUUGUUGUGUUCAGAGCCGCAGAGUCACGGUGGUGUUUCCAUCUAGACCACGUCAAUCGAGAGUGCGUCGACGCCGUAAAAGCCGAGAAAGGACUCAACGGUGGAGCUGAAGGCGGCUUCAGCAGCAACCAGACGCAGCACGACCGCGCAGUCUUGUCCGGCUGCUAUCAAACGCUGCUACGAGAAUACCACGACGGCUGCAUCGACGCAAGUUUCUUGGGAAAUUUCUACAGCUGUGUCUAUAACUACACCACCGACAUGAAGGAGGAACUCGAAGCGGUAAACCUGACGAGCCUUGAAAGCGCCAAGGAACUUGGAAAAGCGUUCAAGGAGUGCCUCAAUGCAAAGAUGGUACCCUGGACGGAAGAAUUCUGGCCCAAUGACGACAAAAACACGGCGAUCGUUGGCGGGCCAUUUUUCUGAAUGGCAGCAGGAAAUGGACGGACUUCAGAGGACGACGAUACGCGCGCUACGCAGCGGCAACUGCUCGACGACGUUCGGAUCUGAAAUAAAGCGGUUGUCUGUGUAACGU